CGACCCUGAUUUAAACAUAACACCAGCCACGCUAUGUCCAACUGCGUAACUCUGCUUUCUCCGGGCGUUUCCGCCGUUCUCCUCUGCUCCACGCCCACCGCGAAGCGCCAUUGGUUUACCGGUCUGUCAUAUACAGCUUGGCAUGAAAGGUGCUAGAAAAGUCCGAGCAGUACCCCGCAACAACGUCUGUGUGUUACACAGUAAAGUGAAGUAAAGAUGCGGUUGUCUGGUGUGUCAGCGCAAGGUUCUUUCCAGCGGGUUAGAGUGACUGUCCCAUGGUCCAUGAUAAUUACAUAGGAACCUGUUACUGACAGCACCAUGUCAAGGCUUGCAAGAAGAGGGUGAAAACGGGGGAAUUUCUCCCGGUUCAACGCAUCCACUGGAAAGUGAAGCUGAAGCUACAGUAUGUGUGUGAUGACGAAGGGACGCUACCUCUCCUUGGGCUUCGUGUUCCUUGUUUAUUGCACAACGUGCACGACAUCUAAAGGAGCCACAGGUGACAUCCUGCCAGACUCCCUACCGUCAGUCCCAGGUACCCUGCCUCACUUCAUGAAGGAGCCAGAAGAUGCCUACAUCAUCAAGAGCAACCCGAUCAAGCUGCUCUGUCGGGCUGUGCCCGCCCUGCAGAUCUUCUUCAAGUGUAAUGGAGAAUGGGUGCACCAGAAUGAACAUGUGUCCCGGGAGUACAUGGAUCAGAACACUGGGCUGAAGGUGCGUGAGGUGUUGAUCAACGUGUCCCGUCAACAGGUGGAGGACUUCCACGGCCCAGAGGACUACUGGUGUCUAUGUGUGGCCUGGAGCCACCUAGGCACCUCCAAGAGCCGCAAGGCCACGGUCCACAUCGCAUACCUGAGGAAGAACUUUGAGCAGGACCCCCAGGGGAAGGAAGUUCCAAUCAAAGGGAUGAUUGUGCUGCACUGCCGCCCCCCAGAGGGAGUGCCAGCAGCAGAGGUGGAGUGGCUGAAGAACGAGGAGCUGGUGAGCUCCCUGACUGAUGACAACAUUGACACCCGCGCUGACCACAAUCUCAUCAUCAACGAGGCACGACUGUCCGACUCGGGAAACUACACGUGCCUGGCCAGCAACAUCGUGGCCAAAAGACGCAGUUCCACAGCCACUGUGGUUGUUUUCGUGAAUGGUGGUUGGUCGCUGUGGACAGAGUGGUCUCUCUGUAACGUUCCCUGUGGUCGGGGCGUCCAGAAACGCUCCCGUACCUGUACCAACCCUGCCCCGCUUAAUGGAGGGGCUUUCUGCGAGGGCAUGUCUGUGCAGAAGAUCACCUGUAAUGCCCUCUGUCCAAUUGAUGGUGGCUGGGAGGAGUGGAGCGCGUGGACGCUGUGCAGUGUGCAGUGUGAGCGACAGCGUAGGAGGGAGUGCAAUGACCCACCACCCAGACACAGGGGCAAGAUGUGUGAUGGGCCCAGCGACACCACAGAGAACUGCACUGGAGGAAUGUGUACCCAGAAUGGAAAGCUGCUGCAUGAUGUUAAACCUCAAAGUAUGGAUGGCUCCAACGACGUAGCUCUUUACUCUGGGCUGGGGGCGGGGAUCAUAGCUGUGACUGUCCUUGUGGUGGCCGUCAUGCUGUACCGGAAAAACCAGAGCGACUAUGGCGUUGAUGUCAUCGAUUCAUCUGCGCUCACCGGGGGCUUCCAGUCUUUCAACUUCAAGACCACCAGACAAGGGAACCCACUGCUUCUCAACUCCUCUCUGCAGCCAGACCUGACAGUGGGUGGGACCUAUACCAGCCCCAUCUGCUUCCAGGACUCCAUAGACAACAAAGAGCUCUUUGACCCCCUGCCAGACAUCAAGGUCAAAGUUCAGAGCUCCUUUAUGGUUUCACUAGGUGUGGCCGACCGCGCUGAGUACCACGCUGCCAAAGGCCAUCCGCCUGAGACCUUCCCCAGGGGGCUGAACCGAGACUACAGCAACAGCACUGUGGAGAGACGGAGCACCAAGAAGGGCCUGCUCACCCCCAACGGCCCCCACCUCAACCCCACCAAAGAUCAGCUGGGAACCACGGGAGUGUUUGGGCAUCUGGGCGGCCGGUUGGUGGUGCCAAAUACUGGAGUCAGCCUGCUAGUACCCCAUGGGGCGAUCGCUGAGGACCCUUCCUCUGAGAUGUUCAUGGUCAUAAAUCAGGGAGAGUCCAGUGUCCAGACGGAGGAAGGCUUUGAGAUCCUGUUAGGACCCGAGGUCACCUAUGGCCCUCCAAGCAUAGAUCUCUCCAAGCCUGUUGCAAUGACGAUAGCUCACUGUGCUGAGGUGGAUGCUGACAACUGGAACGUCCAACUGAAGAGGAAAACACAGGACAACAAAUGGGAGGAAGUGAUGUCAGUGGAGGAUGAGUCAACAUCUUGUUACUGCCUGAUGGACUCCAGUAGCUGCCACCUGCUGCUGGACCAGCCGGGCUCCUAUGCCCUUGUUGGUGAACCGCUCACCCAGGCAGCUGUGAAGAGGCUGAAGCUAGCAGUGUUUGGCAGCAUGGGGUCCACCCCCAUGGACUACAGCCUCCGAGUCUACUGUGUGGACGACACGCCACACGCCUUUCAGGGAGUGGUGGCCACAGAGACCUGUAGAGGAGGACAGCUCCUGGAGGAACCCAAGAUUCUGCCUUUCAGAGGGAACACCUUCAGCCUCCAGGUCUCCAUCCAGGAUGUCCCACAGUUUCUAUGGAACAUUAAACCCUUUACCACGUGUCAGGAAUUUUCCUUUUCCCAAGUGUGGUGCAGCAACCAGCAGCCCCUGCACUGUGCCUUCUCCCUGGAGAGAUACAGCCCCACCACCACCCAGUUCUCCUGCAAGAUUAGCGUGAAGCAGGUCAAAGGUCAUGAGCAGAUUCUGCAGGUCUAUACAUCUGUGGCAGAGAGCAAGAAGGAGUCAGUCCUGUUUUUUAUGCAGACAGACUGCACCGUCACCUCACAGACGGGACCCAAGGCCUUCAAAAUCCCCCUUUCCAUCCACCAGAGGAUCUGUGCCACCUUCGACACUGCCAACACUAAGGGAAAGGACUGGCAGCUCUUAGCCCAGAAACUCCAUCUAGAUAGGAACCUGUUGUAUUUUGCUAAGCAACAGAGCCCCUCUGCCGUCAUACUGAGCCUGUGGGAGGCACGACACCAAGACACUGGUGACCUUGACUCUCUGGCAAGCGCUCUGGAGGAAAUUGGCAAGAUCCAGUCCAAAAGCACUGUAGCAAAGAGCCAUGAGGAACCUGAAUCAGACUCGGUACAUCAUUUUGGAACAAGAAGCCCAGACAACCCAGUGUGUGGAAUGGGUGAACUCACCAAUCAUGAGACGGCUAACUCAGUCCCUGAGUAUACUAGCUGACUUGUCUCCUCCUACAUAGAUACCAACAAGCCCAGUGUAAUGCAUAUCCAUAUAUGCACAUAACGACUGACAGCUAACUCGGUCGUGGAUUAAAAGGUCCAUAGGAUGUCAGUGUGCGAAUGGAGUUUGUUGUUCACAGAGCAAAAAAACAUGACAGGCAAAAAUGACCACUGAGAAAAAAAAAAACCUGUCACUGCUGUGUGUACUGUAACUUUAUCCACCCCUUUCUGAUGAUGUACUGUACAUCUGUUUUGCCUUUCGCCGUUCUAUUCCCUCCCUUCUUUUCCUCCUAGUUAAUGCUAUUCUUAAGUCAGGCUGACCAUUUCAGUUUGUUUUCUUAUUCUGUUGUUCAGGAUAUAGGGGACCCUCCACCAAUGCUCUUCAAAAAGUGGAAAUAUUCGUCACCGUCCCCAGGGUUUGAUACUGCCCUCAUGUGCAUCUGCAUUUACAGUGAGUGCGUCCCAAAUGGCACCCUAUUCCCCAUCUAGUGCAUUACUUUUGGCCAGAGCCGUAUAGAACCUAGUGAAAAGUAGUGCACUAAAUGGGGAAUAGGGUGUUCCAUUUGGGAAGUAUCCCAUAUCACACCUAUACCGUAAGACAGCUGUAUGGUAUUUGUUUCUAUUUGAAUACUUGGUCAUCAAUUCCAAAUAAUGUCUGAAGUGGGAGAAACCACUCUGAAACAGGUUUAAACAGUACAGAGUUUAAUAACAUGCAUUUUACUGUAAUGUUCAGAUUAUUUUUCUGUAUCAGCGUAACAUUGUAAAAGAGAUCCUGGCGGUACAGUGGUGGGUUGUGUGAGGACAAUGUACUGUUAACAUGAUUCAGGCUGGGUCCUUUAUCUUUAAAGGAAAACCCAUGACAAUGAUGGAAAUGUCUUUGUCAGGCUACAGUACUGCAGUGUGUGUUUGUGUGCAUGCAUGCGUGUGACAGUUGUGGUUUGGCCACCCUGGGGGAGAAAGAGAAAGCUGGAGGAGCUGAAUGACAUCAUUUCCUGGCACUAAGCCAUGUGUAUCUCUGCAUCUUAUCACCCACUUUCAACCAUUAUUAACACCUGUCAAAGAGCUGCUGAUCUACCCAACACACACAAGGCCCCCAACAGAGGCACAUCACUUCACAACUACACAGGACAUGAAUGUGGAUUAGGGUUUGGGUCAAUUCCAAUUUUAUUUGAAAAAGACAAUUCAAUUCUUGAAUUCACUCAUGAAGUGGAGAAUUUACAUUGAAUUAAAUUUGAAUUAAAAAAAAUCUUAAAGUUACAGAAUUGAAUUUGAAUUAGACUGAUUGGAAUUGUAAAAACAUUUAGUCUUUGGAAUUUAAUUGAAUUGGAAUUCAAUAUUUUUACAUUUCCCAGUUAAUGGAAUUAAUCCACAUAGUAUAAAAAAUGGACUGUAGGAUUUGUUUUUAAUUAUUUCAAUCUGUAUUCCUAUAUUGCCAGUAUAGCUAGGCUGUCAGAACAUUGAUGAUCAGCCUGAAGGAAUUUAAUUUGAAUUUGUGGCAAUGUUGUGGAUAGUAUUGAAUUAGGAAUUGAAUUAUUGGAAUUUACCUAACAUUGGAAUUCAGAGAAAAUAGCUAAAUUCAAAGACUGACAUGGAAUUUCAAUUCAAUUAAAUGGAAUUGACAGGGAAAGAGAAUUGAAUGACAAUUGAAUUUGUAGAAUUGACCCCAACCCUGAUGUGGAUAGAAUGUGUAAUAGUAUGGGAAGCCUUUCUGGUACAAUAAGCAGGCCUGUUUAACAUAUUGUUGUACAGUAUAAGUAAGGAGGGCCCAUAGGGCUCUAUAGUAAAUAUGGUGCCAUUUGGGACGCAUCUUAAAUUCCAUGGGAAUGCAGUGGCAUUACUGGUUUGAACAAUAGGCACUGUAUUGAACACGUUUAAAAUAGAUGUCCAGCUAAAAAAGCACACUAAAGAAUGGAACAGGAUGGUGUUUCUGUACUUUAUUGUAUACCCUAUAAUUCACAGGAUGGAUUUGUUUAUUCCAUGUAAAUCAAAGGAUAGUAUUGUUUAUUCCAUGUAAUUCUUAUGAUGCAUAUUUAUGUUUUUAUGUGUUCAACAUGAUUUAGCAUCUACAGGCUUGGAUCAUGCCUUUUUUGUAGUUACUCAUGCUUUCAUUUGUAUUACAAUGAGCAUAAUAACAAGGAUUUGAAAUGAUCUAAAUACUCUUAGAAAAUGGCGCUCAGAGGUGUCUCACUACAGUUACAUUUGACAAAACAUUCAACUUGUUCAUUGUACACCUGUUGCAGUCUCCUCUGAACUACCUAAAAUACUGUUAGCUCAUAGUUUGUUAUAUGCAAUUUCAUAUACAAGAGAAUGCAUCCAAAAUGGAACCCUAUUCCCUUUAUAGUGCACUACUACAGGGCUCUGGUCAAAAGUAGUGCACUAUAGAGGGAACACGGUGGCUGAAGUGUUGAGCUGUGUCUACUAUGCCCUUAUUGAUGUACUGUAUGUUGCUCUCAACAGCAACGAUCAGACGAGCUGAAUUUUACACUCUACCCACUGAGCACAGACAUCAAUUCAUUGUCUAUUCCACUUUGGUUCAAUGUAAUUUCAUUGAAAUGACGUGGAAACAACGCUUAUUCAACCAGUGUGUGCCCAGUGGGUACAUGAAACCUACAUUGUUUUUGGUUUCUACAUAACACAUUCGCUAUGCUCUCCUAAUCAAUUGAGCGUUAAUCGUUAUACAAUCCAGCUGGAUAUAGAAUAGAUUAGUGAGUGGGUGAGCUUUACAUUUUGAAAAUUAUAGUUUUUCUUAAUUGUUAGCAAUUUAAUUUCAAUUCCCUGUACUAAUGUGAGCAAGAGUGGUUAAAAAAACAGAAACAGGUGUGCUGUGGUAGUGCUAAACAGUGGCUAAUGUUGCAUUAAGAGCAUUUUUCUGUGUGAUACAAUACACCAUAACAACCAAACAUAGCAUUUGAACUGUUUUAUUUAAUGUUGCCUAUUGCAUACAUGCCUAGUCAUAUCUAAGGUAUUAAAUGUUGAGGUUAAGUUUUUACAUGUUAUUAAGUGGGCCACUGGGUUUUGAUCCAUACAUACAUACUCUGUAUUAUUAUUAUUGCUUUGUGUUGUGUCACAGGCUGAAGACUAUUGUUGUCACAGGCAGAAGGCGAUUUGUUGUCACAGGCUGAAGGGUAUUUGUCGUCACAGGCUGAAGGGUAUUUGUCGGCACAGGCUGAAGACUAUUGUCAUCACAGGCUGAAGACUAUUGUCGUCACAGGCUGAAGACUAUUGUUGUCACAGGCUGAAGACUAUUGUUGUCACAGGCUGAAGGGCAUUUGUUGUCACAGGCUGAAGGGCAUUUGUUGUCACAGGCUGAAGGGCAUUUGGUGUCACAGGCUGACUGCGAUUUGGUGUCACAGGCUGAAGGUGAUUUGGUGUCACAACUGAAGGUGAUUUGGUGUCACAGGCUGAAUGCGAUUUGGUGUCACAGGCUGAAGGCGAUUUGGUGUCACAGGCUGAAGAGUUUACUGUUGGACCCCUGAUUUAAUGUCCCCUGAGUUGGUAACUAUUCCCUUGAUAGCCCACUGGGCAAAAACUGGUUGAAUCAACAAAAAAUAUCGACGUCAUUUCAAAUAAAAAAAUUCAAAGUGAAUCAACGUGGAAGUCUGAAUGGAUUUGAAAAAGGUAAUCAACGUAAGGGAAUUUAGUAUUUUUCACCUAACUUUUAACCUAAAUCCAAUGACAUGGUGAAUUAUUUUUUUCCGUUGAAUUCAGGUUAACUCAAUCAAAUGUAAAUUAAAACUAGACUUUGAACGGACGUCUGUGCCCAGUGGGAGUGCACUAUGUUUGACCAAGGCCUAUCUAUAGGCCUCUGGUCAAAACUAGUGCACUAUAAAGGGAAUAGGGUAUCAUUUGGGACGCAUGCUAUAGCUCCACACUGACUUCAUCAGGAUGGAUGUUGCUAUGCUCCAUUUCACAUCACGCAUGGCCUUUGGCUUCAUAUCACUAUUCUUGUGCCUUGUUUAACUACUGUAAAUGGUGAAUGUUGUAAAGUACAGAUGGGGCUGAAAAAAAAUAAACAAAGCAAAACCAUACCAACAUACAUUUAAAAAAGUAUUAGUUGAAAAAGUAUUUAAGAUGAUAUAAUUAAAUAGGCUGCAGAGCUUUUCUAGUGCUAAACAUACUGCAUAUGUUUGGUAUUGCCAGGGCAGCUUUGUGGUAUAUUGUAUCUAUAUAAUUAUGGACAUUUUGGAUGUUUUCUGUACAGUAGAAUUUGCAAAUGUAUAUGCAGCCUUUUGGAAAUAAAUGUACAGCUAAAGUCUCAA